AUGGGAGCUUUAUCUUAUUUUCUUGGCAUUUUGGUUGCUUAUUGUGGAAUUGACAUCUUUCUCUCUCAAAAGCUGUAUGUGUUGGACAUUUUACAACUUGCUGGUCUUACCGAGGCUAAGCCAGUUAGCACCCCUCUUCCUACAGGUGCUCCUUUGUUUCUUGGUGACGGUCCUCUUUUUGACAAUCUUGUUCGUCAACAAAGUCUGUCAGUUCAUGCAUUCUCCAACUGUCAACCACUGGUCUGCUGUCAAACGGAUUCUUCGGUAUCUUUGUGGUACCAGUACCUUUGGUCUCCGUCACCAUCUUAUGACACCACCAUUCAUGCCUACGGUGAUGCACAAUCUAUGGUUACCGCCAUUUCUGAUAAUGAUUGGGCUAGGUGUCCGGAUGAUCGUCGAUCCACCGGGGCAAGGAAACAGAAGACUGGCUCUCGUUCAUCUAUCGAGUCCGAGUUCAAAGCUUUAGCUGUAAUUGUUGCUGAGUUUGGUUUUUGCUCAAAUCACACAAACUUCAAUAUUGAAUGA